UAUGCUCCACGUGCUCCAUCACGGAUGUAAACGGCCAUUAUUCCCUGUAGAAAUCCAAGUCGAGUAUCUCGCGACAGUAGGUCUGUAGCAGCGAACGAGCAAACGAUGCAGGAAGAGCGAAAAAACACUCCAAAAUUAGGAGCGAUUCGAAAAGUUCGCACGGCAAGUACGCCAGAGACCAGGCGAGGAAAUGUGUUGGAUUUCAAUGUUUCAAGAAUAGGUUUUCGUAACAGAACAACCAUGAUGCCAAGUGACAUCGCACAGUCACAGAUGGUAUCAAAAAAGAAGCCAGACACCGAAUCCAAAGACGUAGAGCUUGGACUUCUUUAUGACGAAUAUUUACAAACUAUAAUGAUGGAUCUCAUAAUGAAGAAGAAGACUGAAGAGAAAAAGCGUCUGAUGGUCGAGCAAUUAGCUACCGUGGCGAAAGAGAUUGACCGAGAUACGCAAAAAUUGAUGAAAAUUAAAGCAAGGGAACGCGAUAUAAUAAAUUUAAGUUUAGCACAAAAAGAGGCAGACGCUCAACUGAUUGAAGUGACGAGAUGCACCGGAGACAAAACAUUUAAAAUUGUAAAAGAUAUGUCGUCCAAGUUGCACGCUCUCUUGGAACCCUUGGACGUAUUGCGGUGUAAUGGGAUAAUACUUCCUGAAACGCAGGAUGAAUGGAAAGAGACUCGGGAAAUAUUAAUAAAAUGUUCAAAUGCUUUAAAAAAUAUCGAAAAUUUAAUUGGAUUGAAAGGCGAAACGUAUUGUGCCGUUGAUGCUGGAUUAAAGGAUUUUGCUGAAACAUACAACGAGAUAAAAAAUGUUCAAAAAAAAUUGGAAGAAGCACUGUGUAAUUUACAAGUAUUGAUACUGAAGAAUGCUUCACUUUCAUUGGUAUGCAAUGAAAGUGGGUAGAUUGAGACGUCUUUGAAUAUUGAACUGGGAAAAAAAGUAUUGCAUACAAAACACAAAAAACACGUUCGGAGCUUUAUUGUACGGGUGCUGCAUAAAAUGCACCAUAUGUUUAAAUUCAGUUGAAUAAAAUUUAUUUUAUAUUUUUGCAAAGUUA